AUGACAUACAUCUCCCCAGCGGAAGAAGUCGCAGCGGGCCUGUGGACACUGUUCGCUGGCACGACCGUCUUUCUUGGCUUGAGGAUAUACUGUAAAUUCGUGCGCCGAGCCGGUCUUUGGUAUGACGACCAGACCCUUAUUCUAUCAUGGCUGGUCCUAAUGUCAACCGAUAUCCUCAUCUCGAUCGAAUUCGCAACCGGCUACGUGACGGGGCACUGGGAUGAUCGCAUGCAUAUCUUGAUCAACACUUCUUCGUGCGGGACGCUCGUCGGACAAGCGCUCUCCAAGAUUGCCCUGGGCAUCACGCUCCUGAGGAUGGCGGAUAGGAAACAGGCUGCGAUUCUCUGGUUUUGUGUGGGGAGUAUGAAUGUGUAUAUGUUGGUCAAGGUGUUUUUUCAGUGGGCGAAGUAUUGCGGGAAAGAUGAUUAUCAGAAUUGGUAUCGGUUGCAGGGACCGUGUGUUGGGUAUGUGUUUGAGGAAAGGUUGAAGGUUGGUGGGAAUAUUUAUAAUAUUGUGAUGGAUUUUGUGUUUGCGAUGUUUCCGUGGUGGAUUACGUGGAAGUUGGACAUGAGGAGGAUAGAGAAGAUUGCGUUGUGUGGGGCGAUGAGUUUGGGGAUGCUAGUCGCUGUCAGCUCAGCUGUCAGAACAGCAUGGGUAAGUCGUCCGAUUAUGCAUGUUCAUGAUGAGCAUUACAUCUGGCGCAACGGAAUGUCUAAUAUCUGGUUCUCAGCCGAAGUAGCCUUCACAAUAAUCGUCCAAUGCAUCCCCAUCCUACGACCCUUCCUCCGCGAGAUCCGCACAACCAUAACCUCGAAACACCUCAGCGAAGAUGCAAAGGCAUCCACGUGGACACAGAGCUCAGAUCCAGAAGUCAUUGCUCUCAGCGACAUACCGGAGACGCGCAAAGAGUCUGUUUCGUCGAUAGUGAUUACGGAGCCGGUUGUCCCAGAGGAUUGGCGGAUUUCGGGGAGUGAUGUGCUGAGUCCACAUUCGGUUAGUUGGGUCGAGUUUGAUGAUGAGCAUGAGGAGAAGGGGUUGAGGCCUCCGCCGAGGAGGAGUUGA